AUGGCCUUUAUCACUUCGCUUGUACCUGGAGUUGUCAUGGCAGUGUUGUUUGCGCAGCUGAAAGUGCUUUCGACUCCAUUGCUUUUGAUGCCUGGCUUUGGGGAGAGCUAUGAUGAGGAGGCAGCGCGUGAGCAGCUCGUGGUCCUUCGUCCAAAGGAUGCACCCCAAAUCAACUGGAAGAGGAUUGAUGAACGAAUCUCUGAGAUCACCUGCCCCGUGCAGGGCUUGUACAUCAUGAAAGUGCCAACCUUCAAGGUCCUCACAGAUAUUUGCAAGCUUUUGGCCAGAGAUGAGAACAUGACCAUUUUGGAGAUCUCUUCGCAGAAGCAGGUGCAGAUGAAGGUCUCGAGCAGGUCAGACUGGAGCAGCGAGCUCAACAGCCUGCCAGGCUGCCAAGUGGCGGUACACUUCUCAUAUCCAACUGAUGGCAUUCCCGGAGUUCCUUGUACCCAAUGGGCCCUUCAAGUCGAGGUGCCUUACCUCCUCAGCACCAUGCGGGCAUGUGAUCGACGGGGCAUUCGAAUUGAGCAGGUCUACGACUUCUACAACUAG